AUGAGGGUUUUCGCCUUUAUAGUUUCUUCUCUUUUGUUUACUUCCCUUUGGCUGCCUACUUUAGCUGAACAAUGUGGAACUCAAGGUGGGGGUGCUGUGUGUCCUGGAGGCCUAUGUUGUAGUCAAUGGGGCUGGUGUGGUAGCACAAUUGAUUACUGUUGUGUUGGCUGCCAAAGCCAAUGUAAUGCUGCAAUAUGUAACGGUGGACGUAAAGCCGGCAAUCUCCGAGGAGGUGGUGGAGAUAUGGAUGAGAUAUCUUCAGAAAAAGCAUUUGAUAAGAUGCUUAGACAAAAGCCAUUUGCAUAA